AUGCCGCCAAAAGUUGAACAAGGAACUAUUAUUAUUUUAGAUAUAGGAAGAAACACAUCAGCUAAAGACAAAAGUGGUAAAAGUUUUUUUGAGAAUGCAAUAGAAUGCACUAAACGUAUUAUCGAACGAAAGAUAAUGAGUCAAGGAAAUGAUCUCAUUGGAAUAAUUUUAUUGGGAUCAAAAAAAACUAAAAAUAGUAUGGCAGAACAAUGUCCUGGCGCAUUUAAACAUAUAGAAUUGUUUGUGGAGCUUGAGAUACCCUCUUGGAAAAUGAUAAGAGAUUUGCCUGAUAUGCCAACAAAAAGUAAAGGAGACUGGUUUGAUGCUCUUAUUGUUGCUGCGGACUACUUUAAAAAUGGUGUAAGUGGAAUUAAAAAUCCUAACAAGAGGAUUAUUUUAAUGACUAACUUUGAGUCACCAUCUAGUGUUGAUGAAAAUGGAUUUGAUCAGGCAUUAAAUGGAUUUAAAGAGGAAGAUUUUCAAGUUGAUGUCAUUGGUUGUGAUAUAAAUUCAGAAAAUUCAAAAAAUAAUGAUAUUAACAUGGCUCGAAAUUUUGUAGAGAGUACAAAUGGAGUAACAGCUCCAUUCAAUGAUACUAUGAGAUAUUUACUUUUUCAUAAGAAAAAACAUGUGAAUGCUAUGCCUUGGAAUGUGGACCUUUGUAUCGGACCUAACAUAAAGAUACCAAUUACAUCAUAUAUAAGGCUCAAAGAUGAGCCAAUUGUAAAAAAAUGGACAAAAGCAGUAAGAGAUCCAAUUACAGACACUGCUAGCAGCACUGAAGCAGUUUCAAAAAAAACUAUACAUUUAAACGUUGAGAAUAAAAAUGUAGUCAAUAAUGAAUUAAUAAAAGGUUACCACUAUGGUCAGGAAAUCAUUCCCUUUUUUGAGUGUGAUAAAUCAUUAAUUUAUGAAUCUGGUCCAAAGUCCCUUAUAGUUUAUGGGUUUACUCAUUCCAGUAAAGUUAAAUUUCAAAAUCUAAAUGGAGAUGGCUUGUCAUAUGUAUUUGGGCGUAAAGGUGAUAAAAAAGCACAAUAUGCAGUAAGAUGUCUUGUAGAAUGUCUUCUUGAAUUAGAUUUAGUUGCUAUUGUAAGGAGAGUAUACAAUAAUGGAUAUGCACCAAGAAUGUUUGCUCUUAUGCCCGUACUUGAUUCAAAUGAUUUUGUUUGUUUGUCUAUGGCUAGUAUCUGUUUCAAAGAAGAAAUAAAAUAUAUGUCGUUUCCUGCAACUGAACUCAAAAAGUUUGCUUGCACCAAUGAUCAGGUUAAUGCUUUUAAGGAUCUCAUUAAAGCAAUGGACCUAACAAAUGCUUAUGAUGAUUCCGAAUUUGAUGAUAAUGAAGCAUUUCCAAUAGCUGAGACCAUAAGUCCUUCUGCACAAUAUAUUUUAGAUUGCAUUGCAUUUCGGGCAAUGAAUCCAGGAAAACCCUUGCCUCAACCUAGAAGUGAUAUAAUGAUGUUGUUUAAAGUACCUCCAUUAAUAGAAAAGAGAGCUGCUGUUCCAUUGGAAAGACUCAAAACAUUAUUUGUUUUAAAUAAAGUAGAAGUUAAACAUAGGAUCAAAAAGAGCCAAGAUGCUUCUGUAACAGAUACCUCUAUACAAGCUGAAGGUGCUAAUGAGGCUUACAAUGAUAUGCCUAAGGUUGAAUUAUGUAUACCAACAAAAUCAGAAAAUAUUCAAAAGAUAAGAACAAUAAGUCCUAUUAGUGACUACAAGUAUCUUUUGAGCAAAGGCAAACCUUUAAAUGAGAUUGCAUUAGAAAUGACAGGUGCUAUAGAAAGUCUAAUUUAUAGUAACCUGGAUCAACACUGCUCCAAGGCACUGGAAGCAAUGAUGUUCUUCAGAAUGGAGGGAGUUAAAGGUGACCCAUCAUAUUACAAUAAUUGGUUAAAGAAUUUCAAAACAGAACUUUAUGACCGAAAAAGAAGUGAUAUGUUAGAGCUAAUAAAAGAAAAACAAUUAAAUUAUAUAUGGAAUCAGGAAAAUAAUUUAAGUAAAUAUGAUAUAAAUGACCCUGAAGAAGAAAGCCAGAUAUAUGAAAUGGAUACAGCACCCAGUUUCACAGAAAUGGAUGUCAGUUCUGAGGUUAAUAAUUUAUUUAAUGAUAUGUAG